CCACAGGCGUUAAAGCCUAUCUCUCUAUAAGGUAAGUAGAGAGUUGUCACUUUCUCUCUCUAAAAAAUCUUUCCCACAAAUUUAGCCUCGAAGAAUCUCUCUUUCUUGCACUUCACUUCUCUAAAUUUUGCACUUGUUUCUCUCUCUAGAACCUCUUUUACUUUGUAAUUAAUAUCUCUCCGUUAAAUUCUCUCUUCCAUGUUAGAUACACUUGUGAAUACUCCAAAACCCUUUCUCUCUUUAUAACAGCAAACCCUUGUCUUGAAUUUUCAAGAAUUCAAGAUUUGAGGGUUGCCCAUGUCUCAGUUUGGUCUGAAAAUGGAGAAAAAGAGACCAAGAAUCAGUCUUUCUUUGUUUUCAACCUUAACCGAGACCUUUUCAGUUGCCAACAAAUCACCUAGGUCUUUGGAGAAUGGUGGUGCUGUUGGGUUAGGAAUAGUUGCUGCUAUGGAUGAGUCAGAUAAAGUUUCUGACUCGGCUUUGUCACCAAGAUCCAGUCUUCUCCCAAUUGUUUCUUUGAAGAAACCUGCUUCUUAUUUCAAAGAAGGAGGUAUUGGGGUGUCGAAUCUUGAUAAAGAUAGUAGUGGUGGUGGUGUAUUUGUUGUUGAUGAGAAUGAUGAGAGUUAUACUUGUGUUAUUUCUCAUGUUGGGAAUAAUGUGAUUAAGCAGAGUGUUUGUUAUGGUGACGAGGUUUGUAUUGAUCCAGGGAAUGAGUUUGAUGUUGGUUCUGGACUGGUUUAUGCUGCUUCACCACCUGUGAGGAUGCCCAUGAAUGCUGCUGUUGCUGCUGCUAGGAGGGAGUUUUGGAGCAAGGAUUUCCUGAGUUCUUGCUAUCUCUGCAAGAAGCUGCUUGAGGGGCUGGACAUUUUCAUGUACAGGGGUGAAAAGGCAUUUUGCAGCCCAGAGUGUCGUGACAAUCAUAUCAGAAAUGAAGAUUUCAAGGAGAAAUGCGGAUCUGAAGCUCGGAAGAAACAAGAGUGCUGCUCUGUAUCGCCCAGCUCUUCUCCUCUGUUAUUUUUUGCUGGAGUGGCUGCAGCAUAGAGUAUUUUACAAAAACACCAGUAUCUGGUAAAUAAAAGGAUAGUAAAGAAUAUGAAGGAUAUCCCUAAAGAUAAACUGCCAUUGACGGCAUGGAGAUACAGUAGACCUGAGUUUUUUAAGAGGGUUAAAGCAGGUAGUCUCCACACCUUAGAUUGCAAGAAAGAUUCUUCUGAGAUGGGAGAAUUUUAUAAAGGAUUUUAAGUUUUCUUAAUCCAAAAAGGGUAUCAUAUAUAGACUUGAGUUUUUCAAUUUUACUAUUAUUAUACCCCAUGGUCCAUGGGUGCAAGGCAAUUUAGUUUAAUAAUUGCUAUGAACUGGUAUGCAGAUUCUUGAAGCAAUAUCAUUCAAUAUAAAUUAUUCUAUAAGCUUUUAAAUUGUUAGUUCA